AUGACUGUCACUUACUCCAGUAAAGUAGCAAAUGCAACUUUUUUUGGAUUUCAUAGGUUACUCUUCAAGUGGAGAGGCAGCAUCUACAAACUACUGUACAGGGAAUUUAUUGUUUUUGCUGUUCUUUAUACAGCAAUAAGUUUGGUGUACAGAUUGUUACUUACAGGAGCCCAAAAACGUUACUUUGAAAAAUUAUCAAUUUACUGUGACAGAUAUGCUGAACAAAUUCCAGUAACCUUUGUGCUUGGGUUUUAUGUUACUCUGGUAGUAAACCGAUGGUGGAACCAGUUUGUGAAUUUGCCCUGGCCAGACAGGCUAAUGUUCCUCAUCUCCAGCAGUGUUCAUGGAAGUGACGAGCACGGGCGCCUGCUUAGAAGGACGCUGAUGCGUUACGUCAAUCUCACCUCCCUGCUCAUCUUUCGCUCGGUGAGCACUGCUGUGUACAAAAGGUUUCCCACAAUGGACCACGUGGUUGAAGCAGGUUUUAUGACAGCAGAUGAAAGGAAAUUAUUCAACCACCUCAAGUCUCCUCAUCUGAAAUAUUGGGUUCCAUUCAUCUGGUUUGGAAACCUUGCAACUAAAGCCCGGAAUGAAGGUAGAAUCAGAGACAGUGUUGAUCUGCAAUCAUUAAUGACUGAAAUGAAUCGAUACCGCUCUUGGUGCAGCCUCUUAUUCGGUUAUGACUGGGUUGGGAUUCCGCUGGUUUACACCCAGGUUGUUACUCUCGCUGUCUAUACCUUCUUCUUUGCGUGCCUGAUUGGACGCCAGUUUUUGGAUCCCACCAAAGGCUACGCAGGGCAUGACUUGGAUCUUUACAUUCCAAUCUUCACCCUCCUACAAUUCUUCUUCUAUGCAGGAUGGCUCAAGGUAGCAGAGCAGCUUAUCAACCCUUUUGGAGAAGAUGAUGAUGAUUUCGAAACUAACUGGUGCAUUGACAGAAAUUUGCAGGUCUCUCUUUUAGCUGUGGACGAAAUGCACAUGAGCUUACCCAAGAUGAAGAAGGACAUUUACUGGGACGAUUCUGCUGCUCGUCCACCAUACACAUUGGCAGCUGCUGACUACUGCAUACCCUCAUUUCUGGGGUCAACAGUCCAGAUGGGGCUGUCUGGGUCCGACUUUCCUGAUGAGGAGUGGCUGUGGAAUUAUGAGAAGCAUGGCCACCGGCAUUCCAUGAUAAGAAGAGUCAAGCGGUUCCUGAGUGCCCACGAACACCCCUCCAGCCCCAGAAGAAGAAGCUAUAGAAGGCAGACAAGUGACAGCUCCAUGUUCUUACCCCGAGAUGACCUUAGCCCAGCCAGGGAUCUACUGGAUGUGCCCUUAAGAAACCCCCACAGGGCCUCACCCAUCUGGAAGAAAUCCUCCUUCCCAGAAGGAAGCCCCACACUGCGCUCCAGCAUCGGAGAGCUGUCCACCAUCAGGGAGACCAGCCAGACAAGCACUUUACAGAGCCUGACCCCACAGUCCAGUGUGAGAACCUCGCCCAUCAAAAUGCCACUGGUGCCCGAAGUACUGAUCACAGCGGCCGAAGCUCCGGUGCCCACUUCAGACAGCUACCACCAUGACUCCGCUACCUCCAUCUCGAGCUCUGAGUUUACAGGGGUUCAGCCAAGCAAGACUGAGCAGCAGCGGGGCCCCAUGGGAUCCAUCCUGUCUCCUUCAGAGAAGGAAACACCUCCCAGAGGCCCCGGUCUCCAGACUGUUUCAGCCAGUGCCGAGGAAAAUAUAUUCAACUGUGAAGAAGACCCUGGUGAUACCUUUCUAAAAAGGUGGAGCUUUCCAGGAUUCCUGGAGUCCAGCCACACUUCCCUAGGAAACCUAAGUCCAGACCCCAUGAGCUCUCAGCCAGCUCUUUUAAUUGACACAGAAACAUCCUCAGAGGUCAGUGGGAUCAACGUUGUGGCUGGCUCUCGAGUCUCUCCUGAUAUGCUGUAUUUAAUGGAAAGCCUGGACACUAAGGAAACAGAUAUCGUAGAGCUGAACAACAGGGAAACUGAGGAAUCACCCAAAUGAGUGCCACAAAGUUCUAGGACCUGGUUCUGGCCUAGAUUCUUAUCUCCCCAAAAGCAGCAUUAGUCCCAGGACAUACCUGAAGGCUGGUUAACUUUUUAAAAACAUGAUCACACUAUAUAAGCUACUUAGAACUUUGAAGGGCAUUAUGAUCCUGACUUUUUGAGAACUGCGAAAAAUCAAAUGCAUUCACGUUAUCCAUCACAACAUGGCUUUCAUUGGAAGUUACACAGACCACAGUGAUAAAUAAGUCUUAAUCAAAUAAGGAAUCUGAAAAAUAUACACGACUUACAAAUUCAUAGAUUAUUAGCUGUGGAAAGAGUCUCAUAAAUCAUAGUCCAAUCCCCUAGACCUAAAGGCCCAGACACAUAGGGUUCUCUAUUUCUCUUCUUUUUUCUCUUUCUUCUUCUCUUUAGCCAUAAAGAAAGGAGAUGGAUCACACAAUGCCUGAAAGACCCCCUCCUUCCUAACUUUUCGUUUGAGGCUUUCUAACCAUCUCAUUCCUACUUUCCGAUAACUAGUAUUGUUAUUAUCACUUCCUGAUUCUUAAGCUUCAUCAGCACCAGAACACUUCAUUCUCUUCAAUUUCCUUUUCUACUUUUCUCUCUUUCCCCUUUAUUCUGUCAUCCUUUUUUCCCCUUCCCUUCUCUCUGGUUGUGCUGCUUUUCUAGUGACUCUAAUCUGUCCCAUUUUUCAGGUUAUAAUAUUUCCUCUUGCCAAAUCUGUUGCUUACAUCUUGCCAUGAAUUUCAAAAUAUAAGACAUUGGCAAAGCCUCCUACAGAAUCAUCAAAGGUGUCAACGAAUCCAGCCUAAUACCCUUCCAGCCUCACUUCCAGUGGAAGGCAUAUAGGAGUGAUGGUUCCCCCCAUGCCCUUGCAGCCAUUGCCAUUUCUUUCUGCUCCCACUCUUUGGUCUUGGGCACUGGAGAAAAAGGAAGCCAAGAGAAUAUGAAACUUGCAUAGCCAAAUGCUAUGGAACCAAAGAAUAAGAUGACUCACGUCUGUUUAACUCGAACUCUUAUGCAAAAAUCCCAAUUGUGUUGCAACAUGGGACCAGUUACUGUGUCUAUCGGGUCAUUUGGGAAUGAGGUAGGAUACUGGGCUGGGUGGCUAAUGGGGUCCAGGGCUGCAUAAUGGGGACGGAAUGUUGGUACUCCUCCCAGGGAGCUCUCAGGACGGCUGUUUGUCGUGGGCUCCCAAGUGCCUAGGCCAUGCCUUACGACUGCUGCACUUACCAUUUGUCAUAUGAUGACACUUGACUUCAUAUGGCUUUAGAAAUGAAAUCACCCUCAUAACUACCAUUUAUUGAGUGCUCACAGUGUUCCAGGCAGCAGCGAAUCUCAUGAGACUGAUAUACUGUUAUUUCCAUUUUAAAGGCAAGAGAAACAGGCUUUAGAGAAGUAAGGUAUUUGCCUAAAAUCACAUAGCCAAGAAGUGACAGUGUUCACGUUCAAACCCAGGUUUAUCUGACUCAAGAGCCCACACUGUUAACCUGUAUGCUUUCUCACUGUCCUAUGCUAUCUGUAAGGCCCUGAAUCUGCCAACAAUUUGCCCAGCAUUCUGGAGGAUGCUCCAAGGGAGGCAUGCCCAAAGAGAUUUAGGUUAAGGCUAAAUCUCUCCAGCCUCAAGGGCCUCUCUGGGUCCUCCCCGCUCAAGUCUACCUGGGUCUUUUAUGCACUCAUAGAGAAGGGCAUUGCUCCAGCUUGGAGUACCAGCCAUAGUCCUCUUUAUUUUUCAUGACAGAAGAAAGUUGGCAGGACCCUCCUUCCCUUCCCCAACUCCUCCUGAUACACAAUGUUAAAAUUGGCACAUUUUCACAUGACCUCAUAUCUCCCAGGCCUCCAAGCUGCAUGACAGCAAUGACACUGACUUUAACUUUUCUCAAAGGACUGAAAAGAAAUAAUAUUAGAGGAAAUGCUACACACCUUGAUGGUUCUCUAUGUUGGUUGGUAGAGUUAGCACCUGGGAAAGCACCAUUAUUCCCAAAGCACUACGUAUAGACUAUGGGAUCAAGAGCCAAUAUAACAUUUCAAGAAGGCAGGACCCCUAACCUUCUCCCAGUCACCACGCUCUUAAUGCUAUUUUAUUGGAUGCUUCAAUUUCAGUCUGUCUAUUCUCUUCUCUUUGGUUCUAUCUGUUGCUCAAAUUCAAGUAA